AUGGACAAUUUGCAGGUGCUUUCCCAGCCACCAGCGACGGUCAGCGAAGGCGAACAGCGCUCGCGGAGUGUUUCGCUCUCCAAACUGAUACCCCGGUCGUUCAGGAAGGCGAGCGGAACUCCUACAAACGAAUCCAGCGCUGGCUCGGUGAAUUCGCUUGAGAAUGGCAAGCCAACCCCCAGCGCAACUAACCGCGGCGCGGAAGAUAUGGAACUGAGGGAAACACCUGAGUCACCAUCGCGUGCUCACUUCCGGACCGCCUCGAACACGGAAAACUCUAGCUCAGCAACCCCACAGCCAGAGGGUUCUGAGGAGACAAAGCCACAUCAGCAAAUUCAAACAGGCGGGAAGCUCUCCGCUCGUCUGAAGAAAAUCUUUUUACCCGCCAGCAAGUUGCCGGAGCCACCGCAACCGGCGGCUGAGAUUUCUACGGCAGGCUCGGCUCCUCUGCAAAGCCCCGACAGGAAGAGCCUCGAAAAUCCCGACCUACCUGAACCCCCGACAUCAUCCCACACCCAUGAGCCUUUGCACACCGCAUCCAUCCAGGGUGUCGCUGGCCCUAAUAGAAGAACGAGGUCUCCCUCCACUCCCAUCAUGCCUAGUCACGUGCCCACGCCGGAUGCUACCGGUAAAAGCGACAAUCGCCACAAUGGAAUCAAUCAGGGCUCAUCAAAUGCUAACAACUCAGGUGUAGAUCGCCGUAGUACUAGGGCCGAUACAGUCCGCAGCAGUAACCCAUAUUUCGCAUUUCAGGGACUGCCGCCACAUGCGCUAUCUUCUCAAGAUUUCGAGGGUGGCAAUAUUUCGGCUAGCACCCGCAAUAACGACUCUUCGGUACUUAUGACACCGCCUCCUACCAGCUCGACUGCAACUACAUCAUACUUCUACAGCGAAUUUUCUGCAACAAGCAACAAGUCGCUCAACGAUAUCAAUGAAAAUGAAGAAAUGGAAGAUUUCAAGGCUGCUAAUUCAAAGGGAAAUUCAAAUAGCCCCAGUGGAAAGUUCUUUAGCCCAGGGCCUGCCUACAAGAGCUCGCCAAGUCCACAACACCUACCCUCAGAUCUUACACCCAAUCCUAUUGUUAUAGUGGAACCCGAUUUUGAAGAAAAUAGCCUUUCUCCGUUACCGCCUCCAGCGCUCAAAGAUAUUACCCAGGACGAUCCUUCCUCACCGGUCAAGCCGGGCCUACGAAGGGUGGCCUCAGAGCCUAACGCAAUCAAAGUCGCCAAUGGUCAAGGCUCUGGCACUGUCAAGAAAGCCCUUGGUGGUAAUCAGCCAAAGGUUUCCUCUGCUAAUGCUUCUCCUGGUGAUGCUUAUUUGAAUGAGGAGCCGCGGCGAUCGCGCCGUCUAAGAAACAAAUCAUUUAGUAACAAGUUCAAAGAAGUGAUUGUUGGUCCUCAAUCGUUCGAAAAAAUAAAACUUCUUGGCCAGGGAGAUGUCGGAAAAGUAUAUCUGGUUAAAGAGAAAAAGACGAAUCGGCUUUAUGCCCUUAAGAUCUUCAGCAAGGAAGAAAUGAUAAAGAGGAAGAAAAUUAAACGAAUUUUAGCCGAGCAGGAAAUUCUUGCAACUAGUAACCACCCAUUCAUUGUCACACUUUACCAUUCAUUUCAAUCUGAAGACUACUUAUACUUGUGCAUGGAAUAUUGUAUGGGUGGUGAAUUCUUCAGGGCGCUCCAAACAAGGAAAACAAAAUGCAUUGAAGAGGAUGACGCGCGGUUUUAUUCUAGUGAAGUCGUUGCCGCGAUCGAAUACUUGCAUCUGAUGGGAUUCAUCUAUAGAGACUUGAAACCAGAGAAUAUUCUACUGCAUAAGUCUGGGCACAUCAUGCUGUCCGAUUUCGAUCUUUCAGUUCAAGCCAAAGACACUAAGAACCCAGUGGUUAAAGGCUCGGCUCAGGCUUCGCUUCUUGACACCAAAAUUUGUUCAGAUGGUUUCAGGACCAAUUCAUUUGUCGGAACUGAGGAAUACAUCGCCCCUGAAGUUAUACGAGGCAACGGCCACACAGCCGCAGUGGACUGGUGGACGCUCGGAAUUUUGAUUUACGAGAUGCUAUUCGGUUUCACUCCUUUCAAAGCGGACACAACAAACAAGACUUUCUCAAAUGUAUUGAAGAACGAAGUCACCUUUCCAAACAACAAUGAAGUAUCGAGAAAUUGUAAAGACUUGAUCAAGAAACUGUUGAUCAAAAGCGAAACCAAACGACUAGGUUCCAAGUUUGGCGCUAGUGAUAUAAAGAAGCAUCCUUUCUUUAAAAGAGUGCAAUGGUCGCUUUUAAGAAAUCAGGAACCCCCACUUAUUCCUGUUUUGACUGAAAAUGGAUACGAUUUUACUAGACUCUCCAAUAACGUCAACAAGGGAAAUAUCAAGCAAGAUGCAGUUGAUAAUGACAAGGAAAAAGCUGAUCCAAUUGCAGAGCAAGAAAAAAUAAUGUUCGAAGAAAAGGUUGAGCGCGACGAUAUUGUCGCUGACGAUGAUCCAUUUCAUGAUUUCAAUUCCAUGAGCCUAAUGAAGCAGGACAACAAUUCUCUGAUAUAUGGCGACAAUAACUCAUAUGGAAAGAUUUCCUACACACCGAAUCAAAACAGGUCAAGAAGCAAUAGUCAUCGAUUUUUUAAAAGGUAA